GCUGUCUAAACUUUUCUUUCAUCCCAGCCCCUUCACCUGGGCGGGGAGAGGCAGGGAGGGCCAAAGGAGCAGGACAAGUCGCCAGACUGAUCUGGAAAGGAACCAGUUUAAUCCCAACCAUCAGGAACAAGGAGCUGCCAGCAAAGCAGGGGCCAGCCUCCGGAGAUCAGGCAAGAAGAGAUCUUUUUUUCUCUCUCUCUCUCUCCCUCUUCUGCAGCAGAGACAGCAGCUGCUGGGUGGAGCACCCCUCCAGGGAAAAUGCAGCAGGACAGAAGCAUCAUCACCAAAGGCAACAUGCAAGAGCCUGGUUUCCCUGCCAUCUCUGAUUCUGAUUCUAAUCAACAGGUAAAGCCUGGGGACUGUGAAGUUGUGGGCAGAGGAGACAAGUAGAUAAGAAGGGGGGAAAGGACAAAAUCACCUGUCUCCCACUGGAAUUAACCAAUUCUACCGUUAUUCCAAAUCUGUAACGUUGUAAGAAAAAACUGCUCCUUUUCCCUUAUGGGGUACCCAAGAGCCCAUAUAGAGUCCUUUACUUUAGCAACAGUCAGAGAUGCAUACGUUUAGCAGGUGGAGUUUAAUUUUUCCCAUCACUUUUAUCCCCACGUGGGAGAAAAACCUUGAGUUUUGGCAUGUCAGGCAGCUCUUUAAAGGCACAGCAGGGCCCACAGCGGUGGGGGGGGGGGGAGAGAUAACUGUACAUGGAUCUCUUUGUGGGGACAGCAGGACAGCCCUGUACUUUUAACACAGGAUGAGAAAACAGGCACCUCCGCAAGCCACUUUAUGACAGGCUCUGCGUUGUUGACGCAGGCAAGCUUUUCACAGCACCCACACACUAUCGCCCACAUCAAAUUGCCGUCCCAUAUCUAACCCCACCCUCAGUUUAAUCCAGAUUUGCCAUUUCCAUGGUCUGGGGGUUUCUGUUUGUUUACUUACGGGUCUUCUGUAUAAAUGAUAAAUCGAAAUGAAAUGGAGAAAUAAUAUGGGGUGGCAUUUUGAUGGGGGAGGCAUUGUGUGGGCACAGCAUAAAAACUGAAUGUGUGAGGCGCAUCGAGGCCACAAUAACCUGCUUGGAGGAAGAGUUCUCCUGAGCCCACUUUUGGAGUUUGGUUUCCUUCGUCUUGUUUCCACUGUGAUGCUGAAGCAGCAGACAGACAGCCGCCAAAGACUCGCCUUCCCUUGUCUUGCCUCUCUGCCGUGAAAUGAUGGAAUGUAGCACACUAAAGUAUAUAAUGUUUCUCUCAAUCUCUCACACACAACUCAGUGUCACCUUUGUUUGCCCAGGCACUCCUGUUGGGCUUUACUCUUUGCCUUGGGUCUUCUCAGAUUUUUUACCUCUAACAAGAGUUGCCGGAAUAAUGGUGGUGGUGGUGGUGGUGGUGUUUUGCAGUGCUCACCUCUCUGUGUUGAGGCUGCCAUUUGUUGCAACCAUUUUGCAUGAGUGGCCUCGAUUUGUUGUUGGAGUCUGACUGCACGGUUACAUGCUUAUUAAAACUCUAGCAGCAGAUUCUUCAAGAGAAAAGCAGCAUUGGGAGGGGGAGAUUUGCAGCAGAGACAGCGUCAGAGAAUGGUGCUUAAACCCCAUUGCUUUCCUCGUCGCAAUUCUCCUCACCUCCAAGCCCUUUCGCUCCUGCAGGUAGUGGUCUCUUUGCAAAGACCCAACAACAUGUAAUGGUGCAACCCCAGCAUUACACAAUCGCAGCUCUGGCUUGUUCAUGUACCGUAUUUUUCGCUCAGUUAGACGCACCGGACGAUUGGACGCACCUAGUUUUUAGGGGAGGCUCCCCGCUCCCCUGCGGAGACUUCAUCCCGUGGCUAAGCCAGAAGCUAGAACAGCCAGCGGGAUCCCGCUCGCUGUCCUGACUGCUUUAGCCGCGCACAGCCUCUCCCGGGCAAGGGGAGCCUUCAUUCCCUGCCCAGGAUAGGCUGCGCGCGGCUAAGGCUCCCCCAAGAGCCGCGCUCCCUUUAAAGAGCGUGUGGAGUGUGCGUGCAGCUCUUGGGGGCUUUUCUCCAAGGAGGGAGAAGUGUAGCCCUUCUUCCCUCCUCGGGGAAAAGCCCCCAAGAGCUGCACACACGGUCCAUGCAGCUCUUUAAAGGGAGCGCUGACAGAGCCUCCCGCCUGCAUUCGCUGCAUAAGAUGCACACACAUUUCCCCUUACUUUCUAAGAGGGGGAAAGUGCAUCUUAUAGAGCGAAAAAUACAGUAACUACCCCUCUCCACACAUCAUUGUUACAAGCAGUCUUCUCCCAGACGGUCUCUUUUGAACCAAAAAGGCCCAAGUGGCUGAGGGGAGCUGAGCCCUCCCCCCAUCUCUCUGCACUCCAUCGUUGCAGACAUUUUUAUUACAGUCCAUCUCAUUUAAUACCAAAUGGGGUGAGUGGCCAUUGUUGCAGGCACCUUUCUGCCAGCCUGUCUCUUUUACAGGAAGUGAGCUCCACUGGCAGGAAAGGUGUGUGAAGUGCAGAGCACUGUAAGGUAAGGAAGAACUGGGAGGUCAGAACCCUCCAGGUGUCCCUGUUUUCCAGGGACAGUCCAGGGUUUACAGAAGCCGUCCUGGUUUCUGAUUUGAUCCCAGAAAGCCCCACUUUUCCUUAGGACGUCCCCAUUUUCAUGGGUGAAAUGUUGGAGGGUAUGGAGUUAUGCGACCACCCCAAAGCCAAGGAGAUAAGUAACUAGACAACCUUUAGAAGACAUCUGAAGGCACCCCUGUAAGGGAUUUAUUUAUUUUUUAGUGUUUAAUGUUUUAUUAUGUUUUUAUAUAUGUUGGAAGCUGCCCAGAGUGGCUGGGGAAACCCAGUCAGAUAGGCGGGGUAUAAAUAAUAAAAUUAAUAGUAGUAGUAGUAUUGAAAAGGGACUCAACUACAUUAGUCAAGAAGCAGAGUUUUGAAUGUGUUAUAAACAUGCAACACCAGAUGGCACCAGAGAGCACAGAAAAAAUUCUAAGCGAUUCUCCAUAGCGGUUUUUUUCUUUUGUUAUAACAAUUUAAUUCCUGGUGUAUUUAUAGGUAUUUAUAGUGAGGGGGUGGUUUUCCUGUGUGUAGAUCCACCCAAGAAUAUCCCUAUUUUCAUUGGCUAAAUGUUGGAGGGUAUGGACAGUACGCACACACACUUUUUCAUGUUUAAAUAAGGCAGGCAACACUUUUUUACAUGACAGGCGCAUGACUAAACAUCAUUUUGCUUAGCCCUUUAGAGAUGCCUUUGACAACCUGCUGCUCUGCAAAUGUUCUGGACUAAAACCCCUGGUGCCAGCCAGAAGGGCGCCAGUUUAGCAAAGGCUAUUUUAGAGCAUGCUAUUUUAUUAGAAGUCGCAUAUAAUAGAUAUAGUGGUACCUCGGGUUACGUAUGCUUCACGUUACAGACUCUGCUAACCCAGAAAUAGUACCUCUGGUUAAGAACUUUGCUUCAGGAUGAGAACAGAAAUCGCGUGGCGGCAGCGCAGCAGCAGCGGGAGGCCCCAUUAGCUAAAGUGGUGCUUCAGGUUAAGAAGAGUUUCAGGUUAAGAACAGACCUCCAGAACAAAUUAAGUACUUAACCCGAGGUACCACUGUAUUGUUCUUCAAAAUUUGCUGACUUUAGCAUCUUUAUCAUUCUGUAGUUUUGAUGACCUUUUGAUUCCCCCUCCACCCCUGUAAGGAUGAUGGAAUUACUUACUUUAGGUGCAACCACCUUUCAAAAUCACUUCCAUUUUUAUUUGGGUUCCAUUCCCCAGCGCCCCGAGUGUUGUCAGCUGUGCGGAUGUCAUGCGUUUCAAGCACGUCCCCUUCUCCAAAGAAUCCUGGGAACUCUAGUUUACUGCUCAAAGAGCUGCAAUUCCUAGCACCCUCAACAAAAGAGUCCUUUGGGGAGGGGAAUGUGCUUUAAAUGUAUGGUGUGCGUGCCGCCUAAUGAUUUGGGUAAGAAGACUAAGACAUCUUAUUGGGAAUAGGCCUGUGCAUUUGAAGAGCUGCUGUGCUGGGCAGGAAUCUGUGAGGAAGAAGCAGAGGGAUGGUAAAUAAAGAAAUAAAGAACUAGUUUGGGCCUUUAUAAGUCCCAUGGGAGUGCCGCUUAUAUUUCUCCCCUUAAAUUCUGGCUGGAUCAUGCUCUCUGUGUCUUACCUACGUAAGCUACGCAACCAUUAAGAACAAAUUUUGACUAUUAAUUAUAUUUCAGAGUUCUAUAUUCCAGCUUUUCAGAUAGAAGCAGUUUACAGGAAUGCACCGGCCAAACAUCAGUUUUCAAAAAAAAUUGCCAAGCAGAAACUAAACCAUGAGGUUAGACUAAAGAAUUACAAAUAAAUGAAUAAAUACAUGUCAUCAAUGUGAAGAAAGCGAUCAAGCCAGCUCAGUUUCUGCUUCUGACCUUUAUGCUUCAUUAGGCAACCGUAAGCACUUCCUUGAGUAAUCUGAAGUGGCACUCAUUCUAUCAUGGCACAGAAAAAGAUUGUCAAAUAUAAUAGAAUAGAACUUCAUUUUUCACUUUGCUACGUAUGGGCGCUGUGUUUUUUCUUGUGGUAGACUUUUUUAAAAAAAUAAGUAAAUAAAUCCUUAUUGAAAUAUUAGCCAGUAUGGACAUUUCCUGUUUAGUCUGCUGUUGCAAGGAUCUGUUAAUGAGUCGAUUGAUUACUCAUUACUUUAUGAGGGCAGAAGAAGCCAAACUAGAUGUUACUUGGCAAUAUGAAGUUCUCAUUGUCGUCAUCGCCCCCCCACCCCGCCCUGCCAUGCCAGCUAUUUGUGAAAUCAAAAACAGCUAUGACACAUGAAACUAUUAUUUAUUGCAUUUAUAUCCCACCUCCCCCCCCACCAGGGAGCUCAAGGUGGCGCACAUGAUUUUCUCCCCCUCCUCAUUUAAUCCCCACAACAACCCUGUGAGGUAGGCCAGGUUGAGAGGCAGUGACUAGCCCAAGGUCACCCCCAAGGAGCUUUGUGGCUGAACAAGGAUGUGGGUGGCACUUGUGGGUUAAACCACAGAGCCUAGGACUUGCCGAUCAGAAGGUCAGUGGUUCGAAUCCCCGCGACGGGGUGAGCUCCCAUUGCUCGCUCCCUGCUCCUGCCAACCUAGCAGUUCGAAAGCACUUCAAAGUGCAAGUAGAUAAAUAGGUACCACUCUGGCGGGAAAGUAAACGGCAUUUCUGUGCGCUGCUCUGAUUCGCCAGAAGCGGCUUAGUCAUGCUGGCCACAUGACCCGGAAGGUGUAUGCCGGCUCCCUCGGCCAAUAAAGCGAGAUGAGCGCCACAACCCCAGAGUCAGCCACGACUGGAUCUAAUGGUCAGGGGUCCCUUUACCUUUACAUUUUAAGGAUUCGAAGCCAGAUCUCCCAGGUCCUGGCAUGACAGUCUAACCCAGGGGUCAGCAAACUUUUUCAGCGGGGGGCCGGUCCACUGUCCCUCAGACCUUGCGGGGGCCGGACUAUAUUUUGGUGGGGAAUGAAUGAAUUCCUAUGCCCCACAAAUAACCCAGAGAUGCAUUUCAGAUAAAAGCACACAUGCUACUCAUGUAAAAACAAGCUGAUUCCCGGACCGUCCAUGGGCUGGAUUCAGAAGGCGAUUGGGCCAGAUCCCACCCCUGGGCCUUAGUUUGCCUACCAUAUUCUAACCACUACACAACACUGCGAUAGGAGUGACGUCCAGUUCAGCUCAAACAGGAAUGUACUCAAAAAAGACAGGUCUGUGUCCCUAAGCAGCUGACAGUCUAAAUUUCUGCAGUGGGUGAGACAAAAGAAGAGAAGUGAGGGAAUGGGAGAGGUUCAGCUAGUCAAGGGAUGCAUAUGAGUGAAUACAGUUACAUUUACUUACGUUUUGUUUCAGAUGGAUAUGAGGACCAAGGGCCUGAGCCAAAGACUUCGUGGAAAAGGUAGGCUUCUGGUCACCAAACAUAAGGCACAAGGUACACUUCUGUGUGAUUUUAAGAAUGUAAGCAGUUCCCUGUCGGAUCAGACCAAAGGGCCAUCUUUUUUUUUAUCAUUUUUAUUGAUUUUCCAAUAAAAAACAUCCAGUUAAUAUAUCCAAUCAUAAUACUCCAAUUAAAAUAAAGAAGUCCAAAUUAUAAUUAUUAAUUUUUCAGAGCUCCCUACAGUCUGGAUCUCUCAAGCGUAUCUCCACAUCUCAGUCCUGACAGACCAAAGGGCGAUCUAAUCUCACAGUGACCAGUCAGAUGCCUCUGGCAAGCUGGACGUGAGUGCAAUAGCGGUCUCCCCAAUUGUGUUUCCCCGGAUCUGGCAUACUGCUGCUUCUAACACUGGAGAUACUUGUUGGUGCAAAAGGCACAUCACACCCAAACCAAACAGUGUUACAUUCCUGAGACUAAUCUGUAAAGAGGCUCCGGGAAUUGAGACACAGGGCUAUGAUUGAGCAUAGCUGUCAACCGUCCCUUAUUUGGCGGGAAACUCCCUUAUCCCAGCGCCAUUUCCCGCUGCUGUCCCGGAUUGAUAAUGUCCCUUAAAUUUCCCGGGUUUCUUGCUCGCCCGGCUCUGAGGGAAGCAGUGGCUCAGGGUCCUCCACCGCGAGAGAGAGCGCGCUGGCGCCGUCGUCCUGGUGCAAGGAGUUCCAUCGGCCCUUCCCAGCCUGAGAGAGGGGAGGGAGAGAGACUCUCGCCCACACCGCCCGCGAGCCCAGAGGCAGCAGUGGUGGAGGCAGCUGAGGAGGCGGCCUAGGGAGGAGGAAGAGGAGGGGAUGAGGAGGGACACAGAAGGGCGGCGCUUCAGCGGCUGCCACGGCACCGCAACCACCUCAUGCCAGAUUGACAGCAUCUGUCAAUCCUACCAAUGUAUGUAACUCUUUACAAUAGCAAAAUCCCUUAUUUUGGCUGCUGAUCCCUUAUUUUCAAGGCUGCUGGUCCCUUAUUUUCAAAUCUGUAAGCUGACUGCUAUGUGACUGAGACAAGGGAGAUGGAAAGGAAUAUGCUUUGAGGACCAAGAUCCUUUCUCAACCUAACAGGGAGCAUUCAAGAUGUCACAACGUACAUUUGAAGCACCUCCAGAGCACCUUUGAAGCCCAUGACUUCAACCCCGGAAUUCUGGGAACUGCAGCUUUCCCCUCACAUUACUACAAUUCCCAGUUUCCUUAACAAGCUACAGUUCCCACGAUUCUUUGCAGGAAAGCCUUGUAUGUUGGAUGUGCUUUAAAUCUAUAGUGUGGAUCUGUAAUAGUAAGGAGGCUAGGUUACAAUACUAUGAACCUGGGAAUAAACCCAGUGAGCACAAACAGAAAUUAUGUGUGUAGGGUAUCACUGACUAUCACCAAGGCAAGCCUGACUGCUUGAGUAAGACCCUGAGGCAGUUUAGUGAACUAGCCGUCAACUCAAGGGCUGUACUCCAUAUGAAUGAAAUGUCAUAUUUCAUAUUUGCCAAGAUCAAAGCUACCAAGAGAUAUGGGUGCAUUUCUACGUACAUUUUCUUUGAAGCCUCUCCCAUUGUUACCUCUGUGUAAGCAAGCAUUAAACCAGCUGCAUGGCAGUCCAAUUUCAAACAUUUAAGUUAAACUUUCACAUUCUAAGUGUGAAUUUACAUUUCGAUUUCGAAAUUUCCCUUUGAGAAAUUGAAUGGAGAAGUUGGAAGUGGUUGAUUUUAUACAGUGGUACCUUGGGUUACAUACGCUUCAGGUUACAGACGCUUCAGGUUACAGACUCCGCUAACCCAGAAAUAGUGCUUCAGGUUAAGAACUUUGCUUCAGGUUGAGAACAGAAAUCGUGCACUGGUGGCGCGGCGGCAGCGGGAGGCUCCAUUAGCUAAAGUGGUGCUUCAGGUUAAGAACAGUUUCAGGUUAAGUACGGACCUCCAGAACGAAUUAAGUUCUUAACCCAAGGUACCACUGUAUAUAUAUUUAUUUGUGACUGUUCUUUUCAGCUCGAAUUGUAACCGUGAAGGCUGAAAACCAGCCUAGACGCAAGAGGGCUGAACAGCUCAAAAUGGAGACAAAGCAGGAGAAAAAGGAGGAGAAAAAAGAAGAGAGUUCUGGUCUCAUUGAAUUCUUUAGUUCCUAUCAGGAGCUUUUCCAGUUCUUUUGUAACAACACAACCAUCCAUGGGGCCAUCCGACUGGUUUGUUCUAAGAAGAACAAGAUGAAGACGGCCUUCUGGUCAGUCCUCUUCUUCCUCACCUUUGGCCUCAUGUACUGGCAGUUUGGAAUUAUCUACAGAGAGUACUUCAGCUUUCCUGUCAACCUGAACUUGAACCUCAACUCUGAUAGGCUGACCUUCCCUGCUGUCACACUGUGUACUCUCAAUCCCUACAGGUAAGCCUGAUGAUGUGCAAUAUUGCCAGUUGGGGCUGACUUGAGCCUUGCGUGGUCUACUUCCCCUGCCCAGUGUUUUAGGUUGAUAAAGGGUGAGUUAGCACUCAGUAUCCACAAACAGUUAAGGCAUGGCUAACCUGUGUAAUAGGAAAGUGGGUAGCACUGUGGGUUAAACCACAGAGCCUAGGACUUGCCGAUCAGAAGGUCGGCAGUUCGAAUCCCCGCAACGGGGUGAGCUCCCGUUUGCUCGGUCCCAGCUCCUGCCAACCUAGCAGUUCGAAAGCACGUCAAAGUGCAAGUAGAUAAAUAGGUACCACUCCGGCGGGAAGGUAAACGGCGUUUCCGUGCACUGCUCUGGUUCGCCAGAAGCGGCUUAGUCAUGCUGGCCACAUGACCCGGAAGCUGUACGCCGGCUCCCUUGGCCAGUAAAGCGAGAUGAGCGCCACAACCCCAGAGUCGGCCACGACUGGACCUAAUGGUCAGGGGUCCCUUUACCUUUACCUUUAACCUGUGUAAUAUGAUCCUGAGUAUCUGAUCUUGCACUGAAAUAUGUUCCAUGCCCGAUCAGAUCAAGGGGUCGGUUCACCUGCAGCAGGCAUCCAUUUGUCUCAAGAGGCAACAAAGUGCACCACCGAGAGCGAAGGCACACUGCUGGGGAAUCACGGCGCCUGCUGUGGCUGCAGAAACUGGCAGUUCAUAACUGCUGCCUCCUGUGCUGUUUCUGCUGCAUUAACAGCACCAAAGCGACCUCCCUGGAGCACAAGCUUGGGUAGUGUGUAUGGAGGUCCUGGGCUGCCCAGAUAACAAGACCCUUCUCUCAGCCUUGCUGAUGUGGGCCAAAUGAAAACAGAACAAUAUGUUUGGCACUAGCUUGGCUACAGGAGUUGCUGGAAGGAGGCCCAGUAGGCACCAUCCAACUAUCUUGUGUAUUGUUUACUCCUUGGCCCUUUUCUCCUCCUGAAGAGGUCCUGGCAAGGCAGCAGGUAUGGAUUUUUCCUCAGGGUUUACUCCCAAAGCCUUUCUCACAAAUGAGUAUAGCCACAACACAGCGGAGGUUUAGGACCAUGCAGAAACCACCUUCUUGACCAUUGGACCCACUAUUGACCUAGUCCACUCAUUCCACCAGAGCUUGUCUUUGCACGUAGAGGAAGUCUCCAACUCACCGAGGGUUUGAAACCCAUUGGUUGCCCUCGCCUGGUUUAGUUGAUCCGUCGAGGCCAUUCCCAGGGUGUGGCCGCUGUCACGUGUUGACAGCUUCUAGGAGCCACAGGUGAGAGCUGAGUACAGGGUGAGGCCCAAAGGUGGACAAAACAAGCCCAGAAGGACCAUGGCGUGUCCCUCCCCUAACACCCCAUGCACCCCUAACCGACCAUCAAGUAGACCAUACUACCUUCUGCCCACCUUUCAUGUACUGGAUCCCUUGAGGUAAGUGUAGAGAAAUGGACCCCUUUAAGCCCCUUCUUCCAUCUUUUAGGUACAGUGCGAUUCAGGAGCAGCUGCAAGAGCUGGAUCAAAUCACCCAGCGGACACUGAUGGAGCUCUACAAAUACAACAUGUCCAUGGAGCAGAAGAACUGGCAGGCCCAAUCCUUGCGGAAACGCAGCUCCAGGAGCCUGUACCGCCACAUCCAACGCCACCCGCUCUAUAGACACAAGCGUGAGACCAGCAUGGAGGAGAACAAUCCCCAAGUGGACAAGAGUGACUGGAAGAUUGGUUUCAUUCUGGUAAGGAUGACUUCCUAUUCAUUUGGUGGCACCUCUCUGCUUCUUCCUGCUACCCUCCAACAGGUCUGCCCUACAUGAUUUACACACACACACACACACACACCAGUAUUGUUUCAAAGUCCAAUAUCUCUGCUGGACUUCAAAAGCUGGAAAGGAAAGAGAACUACUUGAAAAUGAUUUAUAGAUGGUAUUUAACUCUGAGUAGACUUGCUAAAAUGUAUAAAUCCUAAUCAGAUAAGUGCUGGAGAUGUAAUGAAAUGGAGGGUACGUUUUAUCAUAUAUGGUGGACUUGUAAAAGGGUAAAGGCGUAUUGGGAAAUAAUAUAGAAUGAAUUGAAAAAAAUGUUUAAAAGUACCUUUCCAAAAAAAAAAAAAAAGAUUCCUUUCUGUUGGGGAUAAUUCAAAUGGAAAUUCCCAAGUAUCAAAAGAGGUUAUUUAUGUAUGUUUGCUAGCCCCAAAAUGAAAAACAAGCAAGGUCCCAACUAAAGAAUGACAACUUAAACUGAUGGAAUACUUGGAGAUUUAACAUAUACAAUAAGAGAACAAGAAGAGCAUACAUUUAAAGAAGACUAGAAAAUGUUUACUGAAUAUAUGGGUGAAAACUGUGUACAUUUAAUAACACUGGUAGCAUUAAGGUAAAUUCAACAGUGUAAAUAAGUUUUGAUGGAUGUAACAAUGGAAUACUGAAUGGUUUAGUUUAUGCAAAAUAUGCAGGGAUGUCUGGUAUGCAAAUUGAGCUUUGGAAAAAGAAGGGAAGUCAUUGAUUUAAAGUUGUUUGGAUAUUUUGAAAUGUAAAUUAGAAAAAAUAAUAAUUAAAAAUUACACACACACACAAGCUGGAAAGGACAGUGACUGAAUCUAACUCAGUGUCGCUCAUCUUCUCAAAUGGUGCAGGUUCAGAUUACAGUGGUACCUCGGGUUAAGUACUUAAUUCGUUCUGGAGGUCCAUACUUAACCUGAAACUGUUCUUAACCUGAAGCACCACUUUAGCUAAUGGGGCCUCCCGCUGCCGAUUUCUGUUCUCAUCCUGAAGCAAAGUUCUUAACCUGAAGCACUAUUUCUGGGUUAGCGGAGUCUGUAACCUGAAGCGUAUGUAACCUGAAGCGUAUGUAACACGAGGUACCACUGUACCUGCAACAUUUAAAUCCCCAGUUCAUCAAAGAAACAAACAAUGCUUUUCAUCAGUAAAGAUAAUCUCUUUUUACUUUGGACGACGGAAUAAAUGUUAAAUUGAUGUAUCUGCAUCACAGCUAUCCUGAACAACCAUAUGUCUUAUGACAAUCUUGCUUGUGUGACAACCAAGAUUUGAGCCUCUCUGCUUCCCCAACAUUUCGUCCUCGUCAGGCAUUUGGAACGACCCUCUUCCUCCAUGUCCAUUUGAUCUUCCCAGGACCCACAUUUCAUCCUCUAUGCCCUGGGGAAGAGGCCUAAUGGGGUUGUUGACUUCCUUUUGCAGUGGAAUGAAAACAAGACAGACUGCUUCCACCAAAUGUACUCCUCGGGUGUGGAUGCCGUGCGAGAGUGGUACAGCUUCCACUACAUCAACAUCCUGGCGAGCAUCCCUGACGUCAAAGACCUUGACGAGUCCAACUUCACAAGCUUCAUCUAUUCCUGCCGUUUCAACGAGGAGACCUGCAACAAAGCGUGAGUCCCCAAAUAACUGCUGCUUUAUAAACCCACCUUCCCCACCUCGGUACCCGUUGCUGGCUGGGGCUGAUGGGAGAUAUAGUCCAAAGCAGCUCGAGGGCAACAGGCUAGGAAAGGCUCUCAAUGAUUGACAUGGGUCACUCACUGUUCAUGGGUAUUUUAAUUUUGGCCUAGUUUUGGAAAACACAUGUUUGGUUUUUAAAAUAAAAAAUAAAAAGGCCACCUUCCCAUCACUGAUUCAAAGUGCCUCAAAAAUUCAAUUUAAAAAAACUAAAUAGCUGAUGAAGUAGUGGAUUUCCAUGUGAAAGAAGGCAAUUCACAACAUGAUCUGUGACCCUCUUUCCAAGAGAAGGGGAAGGAGCAUGGAAUUUUUACAUAAAUAUCCCCCCCACACACACACACACCUGCCUGUUUACUUGCACCUACACUUCCAUCCCCCAGGUAAUCUGGAUUUUUCCACCGCCAGACUCUGAAACCAGAAGCCAUUCUAAGAGAAAAAUUGUCUGAGGAGCAUUUUUCUGAGGAGAAUUGGUGGACAUUAGCAAUGAGGGUAAAGGGGGGGGGAGAGAUUCAGUGCAGCUCACAUUUAAAGCCAAAUCUGCCUAAUUCACACUUGCCAAAGCCAUACAAGAAGCAAAACACAACCACCUUUCAAAAUGCACAUUUAUUCAAAUUUUGCAAUGCAGUUCUCUAGGCAAACAAUAUGUACACACAUUCGUGGAAAUAACACAUAAAAGAGCAUUAUUGAAUUCAUAAAAAAUGGCUUGCAAAAAUGUGUACAUUAAUCAGAACUGUCUACAAAAAUGUGUUCUCAUUAGGAGAAAUACUAAAAUGUUGACUAUUUUUAUGAGGAUUUUUUUUUUUAAUUGCAAAUCGCUUCAGAAAUGUGGAGCACUCGAUUUAAGAUUGGGGGGGAAAUGUGAAACAGAGAGAACCAAACUGGUAGAACUUUCCAUCCCCAGUGGGUGGAAAGUUUGAGGGCUUGUUCACACUUCAGUGCAUGGGUUUGAGAGAUUUUUCAUUUGCCCCACCACUUUCCCCAGGAAACCCUGCUGUUUACCACUGAAUCGUAGCAAACACUGAUCGGGUUUUCUGCGGAUUAACGUUUCUUCCAAUUAAACAGUAACUGUGUUUCCCCAGGGAAAACAGUGGGACAAAAGAAAAACUUCUUUGACUCAUGUCUAGAAAGCAUGGAACAAGCAGAAGUUUGGACAAACCCUUCGGACCCUAUAUUCCCAGUAUCUCUGUGUAUUUGGGAACAUGUUUUUGCCAUGAAACCUUCUAAAAGGUAAAGGUAAAGGGACCCCUGACCAUUAGGUCCAGUCGUGGCCAACUCUGGGGUUUCAGCGCUCAUCUUGCUUUAUUGGCUGAGGGAGCCGGCGUACAGCUUCCAGGUCAUGUGGCCAGCAUGACUAAGCCGCUUCUGGCAAACCAGAGCAGUGCACGGAAAUGCCAUUUACCUUUCCCACCAGAGCGGUACCUAUUUAUCUACUUGCACUUUGUGCUUUCGAACUGCUAGGUUGGCAGGAGCAGGGACCGAGCAACGGGAGCUCACCCCGUCACGGGGAUUCGAACCGCCGACCUUCUGAUCGGCAAGUCCUAGGCUCUGUGGUUUAACCCACAGCGCCACCCGCGUCCCUCUUAGUUCCACUCAAAUAUGACAUCUGAAUGAAAAGCAGUCCCACCUUUGCAAAAUCCUGCCUGGCAGCUUGGCAACCCCAGUUAAGGACCACUACAAAUUAUGUCCAGGGGUGCCAACUUGAAUAAAAUAUUGGGGGGUCCAGGUAGGCCCCACCCUGCAUAAUCAAUCACAAGAAGCCGUACGCACACACCAUUUGAAUGGCAGUGCCCAUCAACUUUGGGGAGGCCUGUCCCCUCAGGUAUUUUAAUGGAGGAGCCAAAGAGACCUCGGUCCCUAGUAGCUGGUUCCUACGGUUAUGGCAGUGCAGCCACGCCAGCAAAUAUCCCCACUCUCCCGCCAAGAAGGAGGUUGACGUCACCCCAUAGCUGUCAACCGUCCCUUAUUUGGCGGGAAACUCCCUUAUCCCAGCGCCGUUUCCCGCUGCUGUCACAGAUUGAUGAUUUCCCAUAAAUUUCCCGGGUUUCAAAUGAAGCAGCUCCUCUCCCUCCCUCCCUGCCAGCUAGGGAGGAGGGAGGCUCCAACUGUGUUGCUUGGCUGCGUUGCUCACCCAAAAGGAGUCUAAGAAUGACUGGGGGGUGGAGCUUGCAUGCCUUGUGCCGAUCAAAUCGGCCACGUUGCCUGGGGACUCGCCUUUGCUCAGCGCUUCCCAGCGGAGAGGUGACGGUGGUUUUCCUCGCUGCAUCCCCUGUGCUGGGUUGCUGUGCUGUGGGAACCACCGCUUGAGGCUUUGUUUGGCUGCUGUUUGACUAAAAUCCCUUAUUUUGGCUGCUGAUCCCUUAUUUUCAAGGCUGCUGGUCCCUUAUUUUCAAAUCUGUAAGUUGACAGCUAUGCGUCACCCAAAUGUUGUGUGGAGUCGCUUCUUUCAUUGGAAGGUGUCCACAUGAUUCAUUUGACACCCCUUUCCAUGUGAUGCUGAGGGAGCCCUGCUCUGCCUGUUACCCACCAAGCCAAAUACAGCCCACUGGCCACGUGUAUACCCUCUCUCUGCUGCCAGGUUCUUGGCCACCAGCCCCCUUGCCCCUGUUUUUCCCAGUGCCCCUCAAGCAGCAAAACAAGGAAGUGUAUCAAUUUCCCAGUGGGCUGCAUUUGGCUUAGUGAUAAGGGCGUACAUGAAUCAGGCCUUCCGUGACCACAGAGGUUAGUUACACUGGUUAGAUUCCCAUCUCUGGAACAAAAAUACCAUUUUUCCAGUGCUGCCAAGCCUCGGUUGUUUGGGUCUAGCUGGCAGGCUGACAAACCACCAUUAGUUCCAGCAAUUGUUUGCAGUACUUUGUCAACUCACCUUACUCUGACCUUCCUUUCACAACUUGUGCACGCCGUUUCCACCCCCUUCCAAACCCUGAAUCAGCGCUGAAUGCCGUUUAUUCUUGUUUAAAUUUGCAAUAUGUUUAAGCCUUGCUGAUUCGCCUCUGGUGCUGAAGACACUAUUUAUGGUGUCGACACAGCUUGCGCCUGGGUCAUGCCCACAGCUUUCACACAUCCGUUGUGCCUCUGAAUUAGAAAGCGCUGGAUCUUCUCUGAGAAGGCUGCUAAGUGCAUCAAAGCUGCUCAGGGAAAUUUUCAAAUCCUGAAAUUUGGGGUCCCCUUCAAACUGGUGCCAAAGUUUUGUAGGAUUUUGUGGCACGAACCAUGUUUAAUUUUUUUGUUGUUAAGUACGAACCCCUGUUUGAUGUCUCAAUUAAUCAGUGGGGGGUGGUUCUACAAAACAAGGGGUUCACACUACAAAACCCUACAAAACAACCACAAAACUUUGGCACCGGUUUAGAGGGAAUCCGAAACUUUAGGGGUCGUAGUUAAGGAAGCUCUGCUGCAGGGUCAUAAUCACAGACACAAUUUGGUCACCCCGCGACGGGGUGAGCUCCCGUUGCUCGGUCCCUGCGCCUGCCAACCUAGCAGUUUGAAAGCACGUCAGAGUGCAAGUAGAUAAAUAGGUACCACUCCGGCGGGAAGGUAAACGGUGUUUCCGUGCGCUGCUCUGGUUCGUCAGAAGCGGCUUAGUCCUGCUGGCCACAUGACCCGGAAGCUGUACGCCGGUUCCCUCGGCCAGUAAAGAGAGAUGAGCGCCGCAACCCCAGAGUCGUUCGCAACUGGACCUAAUGGUCAGGGGUCCCUUUACCUUUACUAAGGCUAAGUAAAAUGUUAUGAGGCAACAAGCAAAUCUUUGAAUUCACUACAGCGCUUCUGCACACCACAUCUUUGGGCAGAGGAAGAAAACAAAAUAUUGCUGGGCUUGGUUGAAGAGCUGAAGUCAGCAGAGAAUAGAAUCACAGAAUUGUAGAAGUUGGAAGGGACCUCAAGCGUCAUCUAAUCCAACCCCCUGCAAUGCAGGACUUUCAAGUAGCUCAAACAUGACAGGUGGCCAUUUGUAAUAGCCUUCAGAUGGGAUGGAGCAGGUGUUAAGCGCUAUUUGACUCUGCUGGUGCAAAAAAGAACUUUGGAUGCAGCAAGGCAAACACUGCUUUCACCUAAUUAGCCACCCCUUAAGUGAUGUCAAAUGUACCUCAGCAGCGCAGUGGGGAGGGUGAAGCAAGUGACUGGCGGCAGAGCUAGGGGGGUCAGGCCAGUGGGUGAUGGGGCCCUUCUGAGCUCUGGUGCCCUCAGCAGCUGCCCAAUCCUGCUGACCCCUGAGGGCACCAAGACAAUGCCAAGGUGUCAUCCCUGUGGUUGGCAGCACCUGGGUACAGCAUGUAACCAAUCUGCCAACCCAACUUGUUCAGUUGUGAAAUGCGUUGACUAAGCCCAGGCUGCUCAAGUGGUGUGUUAAAAUCGCAAGGCCCAUUAGAGUUGUCGCAGAUCAUUCACAACUAAUUAUCUCUACACUGUUAUACUUUUAUACUUAACAUUAGAUGUAUGUUAAUGGCACAAUACUUUGUUUUAUGUUAUGCUCCAUGCACCGUCCCUGUACAUUUGUGUACUGAACUAAUUUGUGUACUAAAUACUAACGUGCCACCAUACAGUUUUACUGGCAAAAGAAAGUUAUCAACAAAGGCAUGUUAGAUUGGCUUCAUUGGCAUGUAGGUAAAGGUAAAGGGACCCCUGACCAUUAGGUCCAGUCGCGGACGACUCUGGGGUUGCAGCGCUCAUCUCGCUUUAUUGGCCGAGGCCGAGGGAGCCGGUGUACAGCUUCUGGGACAUGUGGCCAGCAUGACUAAGCCGCUUCUGGCGAACCAGAGCAGCACACGUAAACACCAUUUUCCUUCCCGCCAGAGUGGUACCUGUUUAUCUACUUGCACUUUGACGUGCUUUCGAACUGCUAGGUUGGCAGGAGCAGGGACCGAGCAACAGGAUCCGAACUGCCGACCUUCUGAUCGGCAAGCCCUAGGCUCUGUGGUUUAACCCACAGCACCACCCACGUCCCUCUCAUUGGCAUAUGGUGGCAUGCUUAAUACCAACCGCAAGGUAGCUUGUUUGUAUGGUUUUCUUGGGGUGUAUUUGACCCCAAGAUUGGACCAAUAGACUUUUUUUUUCUAUUGGCAGAAUGUUAAAUCAGCACAAAGCCUUCCAUCUUAGGACAGACAAGCUGCAAGACUUGGGACUUCCACCAUGACAGAAACUUCUUUUUCUCUCUUCCUCUAUUCCAUUUUUAAAGCAGGAGGUUGAUACCUAGGCUGAGUUCUCAUACACUAUAGCCUGCUGGCUUCUUUUGCUAUUGUGUUUACUUGGCCCCAGUACAGAAAUUGUGCUACUGUUUAUUUUUGCUCAUUUCUAAUGGGCCAACGCAGUGGCCUGCCUUUUUUCACUUUUGUUCAACUGAAUUGUCUUUCUGGAUAACUCAGCUGAAUAGAGCGUGGUGCUGAUAACGCCAAGGUUGCAGGUUCCAUCCCUGCAUGGGGCAGCUGCAUAUUCCUGCAUUGCAGGGGGUUGGACUGCAUGAUCCUCAGGGUCCCUUCCAACUCUUCAAUUCUAUGAUUCUUCAUUGAGUUGACCUGGACACUUUGCAUUUCUUCUUCUCAGGAACUACACUCAUUUCCAUCACCCUAUUUAUGGAAACUGCUACACGUUCAAUGACAACAGCAGCACACUCUGGAUGUCCUCCCUGCCUGGGAUCAAUAAUGGUGAGCAGGGGCUUGGAAGGUGGUGAUGGAUGUCGGAAGAGGCUCCUUGAGCUAUAUCCUCAUUCCCCUUUCUAAUCUGGCACCACAUUCAUCUCUUUCCUGCAACAUUGAUUUUUCUUCCUAGCUGAGCUCACUCCUACAGCCACCUGCCUGUCUUCUUUUCUUCCUUUCUUUGCAUUUUUGUGUUUCUUUUCUUUCUUUCUUUUUUGAUAAUAGUUUUUAUUUGGUUUUACAAGUUAAAGUUUACAUUCAAAGUCCUAAGUAAUAAAAAGGUAAACAGACAAAAGAUUCACCCAAAUCUCUGGACUUCCCCCCCCCCCCUUCCAUGGGUUCCAUCUUUAGUCCUUUUCCGCUGCAUAUUUUAAGUUACUCCAAUUUUUAAAGUAUCCCAUUUAUUCCUAGUUCUUUUUGCAAAACAAGUGUUAUUCAAAUAUUGCUAAAGAGUUCAAUUGUUUACAGUGGUCUCCAACAUAAAUUAUGAAUUUCCUCUAGUCUUUGUUGAAAUUCUGGUCUUCCUGGUUUCUGAUUUUCCCAGUCAUUUUCGCCAUCUCUGCAUAGUCCAUCAGUUUGGUCUACCGUUCCUCUCUUGCGGGAACUUCAUCUUCUUUCCAUCUCUCUUUUGCUUUGUUUUCAUCUCUGUGCAUGACUGCCAUUGGCCUUCCCUGCCCUCUGUCUCCACAGGUCUCUCUCUAGUUGUCCGCACAGAGCAGAACGACUUUAUCCCACUUCUCUCCACUGUGACGGGAGCCCGAGUGAUGGUGCACGGUCAGAAGGAACCGGCCUUCAUGGAUGACGGGGGCUUCAAUGUGCGCCCCGGCGUUGAAACAUCCAUCAGUAUGAGAAAGGUGAGGUCAGAAGUAGGAUAUGAGACCUGGCUUCAGUGCGCAGAAUUGUGAGGGAAUGAGAGGAAAGCACAUGGCUACCGUAAGACCCAUUGGAUUCAGUCAGAGGUUACAAAAAGAAAAUAUAAAGAAAUGUUGGUUAAAGGUAAAGGUAAAGGGACCCCUGACCAUUAGGUCCAGUCGUGGCCGACUCUGGGGUUGCGGUGCUCAUCUCGCUUUACUGGCCAAGGGAGCCGGCGUACAGCUUCUGGGUCAUGUGGCCAGCAUGACUAAGCCACUUCUGGUGAACCAGUGCAGUGCACAGAAACGCUGUUUACCUUCCCGCCGGAGCGGUACCUAUUGAUCUACUUGCACUUUGAUGUGCUUUCGAACUGCUAGUUUGCAGGAGCUGGGACCGAGCAACGGGAGCUCACCCCGUCACGGGGGUUCGAACCGCCGACCUUCUGAUCGGCAAGCCCUAGGCUCUGUGGUUUAACCCACAGCGCCACCCGUGUCCCUGAAAUGUUGGUUACUUUCCCAUAAAACUAGAGAUAGAGAGAGAAGCUGAUUUGGUGUGAGAAACAGCUGCAAAUCAAAGGGAAGGAAUGCAACUGUGCUGAUCUGACAUAUUGUGAAUUGUCAGGAAACAACAAACCGUCUUGGGGGCACUUACAGUGACUGCACAGAAAACGGCAGUGACGUGCCCGUGAAGAUCCUCUACCAAUCCCGUUAUACUGAGCAGGUACCUACAUUUGACUCACCCACUAAUCCUUACCCUGUAAUUGGCACCAGACUAACCCUGUUAUGAUUACGAUCCUUAUGAGAGCCAGUGUGGUGUAGUGGUUAAGAGCGGUAGUCUCCUAAUCUGGGGAACUGGGUUCGAGUCUCCGUUCCGCCACAUGCAGCUGCUGGGUGACCUUGGGCCAUUCACACUUCUUUGAAGUCUCUCAGCCCCACUCACCUCACAGAGUGUUUGUUGUGGGGGAGGAAGGGAAAGGAGAAUGUUAGCCGCUUUGAGACUCCUUAAAGGGAGUGAAAGGCGGGAUAUCAAAUCCAAACUCUUCUUCUUCUUCUUCUUUUUAUUUGCAUUACAUGCCUGUCCCCGUAGGCUUCCCAGGGCAUUGCUAACACUGCCCUAUGGUGACAAUUCUCCUUUUACUUCACCUAGGUCUGCAUUCGUUCCUGUUUUCAGAAUAGCAUGGUGGACCGGUGUGGCUGUGGCCAUUUCUUCUACCCCUUGCCCACCGGAGCAGUUUACUGUGACUACAACAAGCAUCCUGCCUGGGGUAAGUGGAGACAAAAGGCAUGGGGGGGGGAGAAAUCCACAAUCUCACCUGUUUCCUAUCCAUGGUGCAAGGUGCUGGGGCUCCUGUCCUAUGCACGCAGCUCACACAAUUACUUUAUCGACUGUCCCUCUGUCUCUGGACUAGGUUAUUGCUAUUACAAACUCCAGGCUGAAUUCAAAACAGGCACGCUGGGCUGUUUCACCAAAUGCCGGAAACCUUGCAAGUAAGUCAGCUUCAAAACCUGUGCAGUUGCAUUCCUGGGCCUGGUCAAAUUCCACAGAGCUUGCUGGGCAGUAAAAAAUAUUCAGUAAAAUGGAGCGGAACAGGAUUUUUGUUUGUUUUUUGUGGUUUUUUGUACCCAACUUAUCAUUCCAUGCUGGUUUCCCAAACUCAGGCCUCCCAGCCCCAGGCUUUCUUCAGAAACCCGGUAACGAAGGGUUCUUCCAUUGCCUCUUUUUUCCAGCUGAUGUCUCACCUGAUGUCAGUGGUGUAGCACAGUGGGGGACACCUGGUGCCGCCUCAAUACAGCUGCACACUUCCAUCGCUGGGCUCCAUUGAAAACUGCUUCUCCAUGCAAACCAACGGAACAACUCUUCUUUUCUUAUCUCUGUGGCUGCAAACUCCUGGGUGAUAUGGAUGCCGCUAGACCAUUGAAUUUCCAUGCAUACUCUAUCCGUUUCCCUCCCUCCCACACAGCCCCAGGCACUGGCAACCCAUGCUAUGCCACUGCCUGAUGUAGCAAACAUAUCUUGUGAUUGGCAACUGCUCAUAUCUUGGAAGUUGAUGGUGCCACAGGUGUCCUAGGUGUAUGUCUUAGCUGAGACAUGCAGGCUAGACCUGGUUCAGAAUGGUACCAACAGAAGAGCAGCCUUAUAAGAACUUGCACCCUUACAGCAUACCCCUCAAGUACCCCAAUUUUUCCAGGACAGUCUCAGAAUUGGGGAAGCCAUCACACUUUCUGACUUUGAAUUGGCGCAUCCCAAUUUCAAGGCUUUGUCCCACCAGCAGCAGCCGCCAUCACAAUGCUGCCCCAAGGGGAAGAGGACUGGAGCCCAGCGCUAGGGUCCCACCCGGAAAUGUGUGGUGUAAUGAAGAGGUGGCACAAGCGCCUCUGAGGAUGCAUCGAGUAUUUCCAAUUCUGAGGAAUGUUGGAAGGUUAGGUUACAAUCCUUUGACACCCAUGAACAUCAGAUGUAAAUAAGGUCCCCUGGUAAUGUGCCUCUAAGCUUAUUGUAUGCUUUUCUCUUUAGGGUGACAGAAUACCAGUUGUCAGCUGGAUAUUCACGAUGGCCUUCUGCUGUCUCUGAGGUAAGGAGAUGAUUUCCUGCUUCCAUGAGUACACACAUGCACACCUAAGAACUGUCACGGGGCAACUGCUCUAUAGGACACAUCGGACCAUAGGAAGGGGAGAACGGGGGGGGAUUUCUCCCCCUCUCUGCUCAGCGCCCGUUCAGCGAAGUGGCAGAAGAAACGGAGCCCCUUCCAUUUCUCCUCCCACUUCGCUGAAGGGGCGCUGCGCAGAGAGGGAAAACUGUGCAGUGCCUCUCCAGCGAAGCGAAGCCUGGAGAGCAAGAGAGAUUGGUGUGCACCGACCCCUCUCGCUCUCCAGGCUUCAGGCGGCUAUCCGCAAGCCUUCGGAGCGCAGUGGGGACUCCUGCUGCGCUCUGAAGGCUUGCGGAUAGCUGCCUGAAGGCCCCGGAGCGCAGCAGGAGUUCCCUGCGCUCCGGGGGCUUCAGGCGGCUUCAGCGAAAGCAACGGGAAGCCUCCGGAGCGCGGGGGGAGCGCUUCCUCUGCGCUUUGGAGGUUUCGCGUUGCUAUCGCUGAAGCCAAGGAGCCUGCAUUCGCUCCAUAGGACGCACACACAUUUUCCCUUCAUUUUUGAAGGGGGGAAACUGCGUCCUAUAGAGCGAAAAAUACGGUACAUGUUUUUCAGAAAAGCAUAUAGCAGAGCUGCAGAGCUUUUUAAAAAAGAAAAGAAAAGAUAAACCAUAUCAGAAGGCUUUCUCUGCAGUAUGGAGUCCAAAAGUACGUUUCUAUCAAACUCACUUUUUGAGCAUACUGGGGUAGGGGGUUGGCAGCCACUUGGGGCAAGCAAACAGAAACAGUGGAAACAGAAAACGAGAAACCAGGAAGAGAAGAACUUUAAGGAGGAAUGGGAUUACAAUGUGUUUAAGAGAACACUGUAAACACCUAAAACCUUUGGCAGGAUUUGAGUAACACUUGUAACGUAUUAAAAAACUAAGGUAAAAAUGGAUUAUUUAAGAAAAAUAGAGAAAAUAAGUGAAGCAGUUGAAAAAAGUUUGAUAGUGGUAACCAUGGAAAGGCGGAGGGGAAUCGAAGAAUUCAGGGAAUCCUUAAUGAUGAUGUUGAUGUUUAAUGUUUGAAUUUAAAUUGGCAAGGUAAAACUCAAUAAAAAAGUUUUUUAGAAAAGAAAAGAAAAGAAGCAGAGUGGAAACAGUGGGGGGAAAGACUAAGUUUCCCCACACACACUGAUUUGCUAUAAAUUCCACACACACACACAGACACACACACACACACAGACAGGUGGAUUAUUUUCUUGCUGGGGUCAGUUACAUGCAUUUGUGUGCUUCUGGGCUGCCUAUAAAGCUUUUGUUUCCAUUUUUUUAAUUUUUUUAUUUUGCAAAUGUGCCGUUUCAGGCCUGGGUGUUCCACAUGUUGUCACGGCAAAACAAGUACAACAUCACAUCCAAGAGGUAAGAGCUCCACCUACAGUCAGAAUAGAAGGUUAGCAUCGGAGACGUAACGAUCGAUGAAAAAUAGGGAGAAACAGUGAGGAUCACAGGGUGCUAAGCUAUCUUGGGAGAGGAGAGUGUGAUGAAUUCUAGGAUCAAGGAAGAAAUUAAUUAGGGAUAGGGCUUAAGGUAGAUUGCAUGAAUUAAAUGCAUGUUUUCUGAAACUAUGGAGAUUAAUUGGACUGGGGACAAUGUGUUGAGAUUCCUGAACAGCAGAGGCGAGCUCCAGGGUCCGUUCCAACUCUACAAUUAUAUGAUUCUAGUGCAAGAAGCAGUGUAGUAAUCCAUUCCUCUACAUAAUGUUAGACACUCAAUGUGGCUUACAGAUACAGUAAUAGCUGAAAACACACACACACACACUUUUAAAAAUAUACACUCCAACAAGUCCUGUUUAUCAGCAACCACAAGUUGCUGACUGCCCUAGACCAGAGGUCAGCAAACUUUUUCAACAGGGGGCCGCUCCACUGUCCCUCAGACCUUGUGGGGGUCCGGACUAUAUUGGGGGGGGUGAUGCAAGAGCACCACAAGCCCCUGUGGCUGCUUACCUGUGUCUUGCGAGUGGCAGGGGUUGGCAGCGGCGGCAGAACAAUGAGCGGCGCGCAAAAGGGCUCCGGAGAGGGGCUGCUUAAAAUGGUGGCCGCUCAACAAAGCCCAGCCCCCUUCCUCCUCUAGGCAGGGCAGGGAGAAGCCAGGAGGAGGGAGAAGCCAGGAGGCGCCGCCAUGUGAGGGAGGGAGAGGGAAAGAAUGUGCGUGCUGGCAAUCCACGCAGUGAUUCCCAGACCGUCCGUGGGCCAGAUCCAGAAGGCAAUUGGGCCUGAUCUGGCCCGUGGGCCUUAGUUUGCCUACCCAUGUCCUAGACAGAUCGUUUGCAGGUUUCAGGAGGUGAAGUAGGAAAUUAUAGCUUCCGAACAGAUGCUCACAUUGUUUAAAAACAUUUGGCAUGUUAUGGGGCAGCUUAAUUUGAGUUUAUGAGAUAAAGUUCAGAGAAAUGCCGUAGACCUGGGAAUGGGGGGGUUGUGAAUUUGGAAGGAGUGGGCGUUUUGGGAGAGAUGUAGGUUAUAAUCCUAUAGGCACUUACCUGGCAAAAAGCCCCAUUGCACUGAAUAGGAUGAAUACUCAUUUGUAGGACUGAGCUGUAGGAUAUUGAUUGAGCCAGAACUUUCCCUUUUGUAUUGCCAGGAAUGGAAUUGCCAAAGUGAAUAUAUUUUUUGAGGAGUGGAAUUAUAAAAGCAACGGGGAGUCUCCUGCUUUCACAGUAUGUAUUCCCUUCGUCGUCACGUAUUCCCAACUGCUCCCCCUACCACCAUCUGUGACACCAAAAAGCCAUCAUCCUUUAAGGCCUGUCCAGAUAGUCAGUUCCUGGAAAUAAAAAUCUGCCCAUUGUUGCUCAUUGCAUGGGAAUCUAGCCUCCUUCUUUCAAAUAAGUGCUUUUGUUUCAGGUACAUUGCACUUCCCUAUUUCUCGGGGGGGGGUGUCAUUUUUGUUGUUGGGAAAAUGUGGUUCUCUGCCCCAAGCAGCAACGUAACUGCAUUCUGCAACACUUUUUGGAAUGUACUCAUUAGAAUGUCAUGGGAAUAUGCCAGAAUAAUGCCCACCCCUUGGCAUCAAUCAAUUAUUUUAUUUGUUUGCUACCUUUACUACCGUGCUCAAGGCGGCUGUGUGGGACAGGUGGUGCUGUGGGUUAAACCACAGAGCCUAGGACCUGCAGAUCAGAAGGUCGGCAGUUCGAAUCCCCAUGACGGGGUGAGCUCCCGUUGCUCGGUCCCAGCUCCUGCCAACCUAGCAGUUUGAAAGCACGUCAAACUGCAAGUAGAUAAAUAGGCGGGAAGGUAAACGGCGUUUCCGUGCGCUGCUCUGGUUCACCAGAAGUGGCUUAGUCAUGCUGGCCACAUGACCCGGAAGCUGUACGCUGGCUCCCUCGGCCAAUAAAGCGAGAUGAGCGCCGCAACCCCAGAGUCGGUCACGACUGGACCUAAUGGUCAGGGGUCCCUUUACCUUUACUUUUACAAGGCAGCUUACAGCAUGUGAAAAAUUGUGUAUCUACAAACAUACCAAAAGUAAUCAUAAACAAUAAAUAAAACCUCAAAAAGAGCACAACCAAACUGAACAACUUCCACAUAAAUUGUAAGAUCCAAUAUAAAGAGACAAACAUUUACUGCAACAACCUCCCCUAAACAAUACCCCAGUCCAAGAUUCUGUUCAGCAGGCUCAGUUUUUUGUAGUUGGAGUCAGUCUGAGCCCCGCCCUCUCAGGCCAGGUGGGAGAAGGCCUGCAAGGCAGGGAGCAGGUCUUCCAGGACUCACAGCCAAUAUGCUGAGCGACACAAUUCCCCUGCCCCCAUGCCCGCUAACAGCAGCCCCUGCAAAGAGCUCUUCCUAAAGAAGCUUAAACUAGCUUGUCUCAAGACAAGUAUCCUAUUCCCCACAUCUCUCUACCCAGCAAGAAGUCUUGAGAUUGGUCACUUUCAGCAUCUGAGAGAGUUCAUUUUUAGUAGGCUAAGCACUGUGCACAGGAGCUAGAGUAAAAAUGCAUAUACAAUCCCCAAUCUUUUGUGAACGUUUCGAUAGUGAGCGUUCUCUAGGUUUGCAAAACUUCAGCAAGUAGUUGACAGUCACUGCCGGAUUUUGCUGUAGCAGUCAAUAUUUGACAGCAUGUGGUACCGUAGAUGGUGUCAAAAUUUCACACCAACAUGACCUGCAUCAUAAUUUAGUAAUUUAGUAUAUGGACCUCAAUUCAAUACAUCGAAAUAGGUGACUGUAAAAGUUUAACAGCAAUUUCGAUUUUUGAAGCGCAAGUGUCAACAUUUGGAUCAUAUGUAGACAUUAAAAUAUAAAUGUUCUGGAGUACAUCUCCAACCCCCAGGAGGCAGGAGCAACAUAGCUACUCCUCAUUGCAGUUAGACUGGAUAUUGUGAUUUCUUCUGAAAUGGAGUUCACAGAACAGGUGAUCUAGGUGAGUACCAAGGGAAAAGAUGGCAGCCUUUCCAAUCUCUAUCAGUGGCUAAGACGUUUGGGGAGCCAAAUUUAUUUCUUGAGCAUGGUUUUUUUAAAAAAUAAAAAUUAAAUAUUCCCCCGUUUUGAUCUUCAUUCUGCAGGUGGUGACACUGCUUUCACAGCUGGGAAGCCAGUGGAGCCUGUGGUUUGGUUCCUCGGUCCUCUCCGUAGUAGAGAUGGCUGAGUUGAUUCUGGAUUUUGUCGCCAUCACCUGCAUCCUGACUUUCCGCCGGCUGUACUUGCACAAAUCUUCUGACCUCCAUACACCCAACAGCCAUGACACCAGCUCCCAUGCUGCAUCUGCUGCCCCACAGCAUGCCUCUGAAGUUGCAGCGCUACCAUCCUACAACAGCCUGGAGUCGCUAUCCCUGUACAGAGUUUCCUUCAGGAGAACAGAGUGAGGGGCCCAGGCCAGAAUGGCUUGCAGAAGCCCUUCUUGAAGCAUGGAGGUGCACAUUACCGCCAGCAGAUCACUGUACUUCUCAUACUUCCAUGAGGAGGAUUGGACCGAAACCUCUCCUGGGAAGUUACUGGCAGAAGGAAGUCAUAGUACUUAUAUAUAUAGGGCCCAAGUGGCUUGGAAUGCCCUCUCUGCCUGCUUUGCAACUUGUGGUGUAGUGGUUAGGAGCAGUAGACUUGUAAUCUGGGGAACCGGGUUCGCGUCUCCGCUCCUCCACAUGCAGCUGCUGGGUGACCUUGGGCCAGUCUCUCAGCCCUACUCUCAGCCCCACUCAGCUCACAGAGUGUUUGUUGUGGGGGAGGAAGGGAAAGGAGAAUGUUAGCCGCUUUGAGACUCCUUAGGGUAGUGAUAAGGCGGGAUAUCAAAUCCAAACUCUUCUUCUUCUUUUUCAAAUUGGGGUCCCCAAUGUGGCACCCUCAGACACACACACACACAGAGUUGCCAUCUGCCCAUGCCUCCCAAUUGUUUGUUUUGACCAUGAGUGACAUUUGGCCAGGUAGAAAACAAAGCUCAUCAUCCACCCACCCCUCCCUUCCCCCAGAAUGUCUCUGGGCCCAUGCAGAAAUGUUUUGUUUGGGGUCCCCCCCCCUUCCCUUUGGUGUAUUUUGUUUGUUUGUUUGUUUACUUUGCUUGGUUUUGGGGUGUUUGGAUUGGCUCUUGUUGCUGUUUGGUUGUGGAGAACGUUCUGGCUACUGGGGGGGGGGGGACUUUUUGGGUCUGUGUUGUGUUUGUUUUGAUGGAGAGCAGAAGAGUUCUGAGCAUCACCGUUUUUCCCUUCUGUGAAAUGGGUUGUUCCCAGGCCCCGAAAGGUGGGAGACCCCUGAUCUAAAAGAACAAACCAGAAACAGGCUGUGCAUCUGUUAGGUCUUUGUAUGCAUGAUAAACAAGAGUCUAGCAGGAAAGAGAGCAUGAAAAACAAGGAACCAACCCCUUCAGCUCACAUACGAUUAGCACAGUCUUCAAGGGAAAACCCUCUACCCAUUUUGCCUUCAUUGCUGCCAUUUCCAACAGAUUCCUUUGCACCUGGAGAGAUGCAGGAGUCAGUUUAGCUGGAGUCUUGCCGCCUGUGCAAUGUACGCAUUUUUUCUGCCUAAAGACAGGAAAUGGGCCUCGCUUCUGCAAGCUUGCUAGACAAAGGCUUCCUUGGCAUCAUCUUCCUCCAUCCAACUAGGAGCCCGGGGAUUCCUUUUAUUGUGCAGCACAGUGUUGGGAUGUGUAAUAUGAACUGAGAACAGAAAUGCGGUAAACCCGAGAGCUCCCGGUAUUAGAACUGUGGCAAUACUGCGAGGCCCAGUGUGGGGGUCAAGGAAGGGGCUAAAAUGGGAGCCUGUAAAAAACAAGUUCUCCAUGUUGGAGGCAUCCAUCUAUGUCCCUCAGAGCUGGGACACCUCGUGCAACACAGACAGACAGGGAGGCAGGCAAAGGUGACAACUGUAGCAUCAGGAAAACAACUGGGAGGGAGGGAGGGAGAAGGUAAGGAAGGUACUGCUAGCCCCAUUGCAGCUCAGGAGACUCCAAGGACCAUCACAUGACCUACCUUCCCAGCCCUGAUUAGGCACACAACACUAUUGAAUGGUGUUAUACCACAGCAGGAACACCAAGGAGCUGGUAAAAAAAGGUGUGAAUUAAAUAUUUGAGUGUGAACAAUGAA